UUUUUUCAUUUUAUUUCUUUUUUUUUCUAGGUAAUUGCAACUAUGAAUUAAUCUAUAAUGGGUUGUGUGUUGCAACACCUGAACCAAUUUCCAAUAAUGGGUUUAUACAAAAUAUAAGGACAAUAAAUUCUUUGGAUUGGAGAGAGACAAACAAUAUUUGUUUAGAUAGAAUACCUCAUAAUAAACCAAUAGAGUUAAUUGCGUUAGAUUAUUUCAAUAUAAAUUUUUCUGAUUGUAAUGAUGUUAUUUAUGUCACUUCUUCUAUUGCUGACAAUGAUAAUUUAGUUGCUUCUAAGUUUAUUGACUUAUUUACUGUUAAUUGUACAGGCAUACGUGCUGUAUUACCUGGUUACCGUUUACGUUAUCAUGCAUCUCUUUUAAAGUGUGAUUUUAAAAACUUUACUAAUUAUAGUGAUGAAAAUAGAAUAACAAUUUUUGUUUCUGAAUUCAACCUUGUUAUAAUUGCUCGUGUUGCUACUUCAAUGUAUUGCCUCAAGCUUGAAUCGGAACAGUGUUUAAAUGAUAUCAUAUUAUUUGUAAAUGUUAACAAUCUUCUUCUCGACACUAAUAAACUAAUUAUUUUGGGAGUUGUAAUUCUACCUUUACAUGAUCGUAAACAUUUAAAAGAAGAGUUAUUUUAUCACUUCUCAGAGGAUUUUGAUUUAGAUAAAAUUUUGUUUCUAUGUAAAGAUGACAUUGAAGAUGAGAAUUUUGAAACUUGGUGGAGAUUAGUUGUAGCAUACUGCAUUAAAAAAGUAAAUGCAAAAAAUAAUAAUGAAGUACUAUUUAAAAAACUUAUUAGUUUAACUAUGAUGUCAAUGUCUAAAGUUGACCAUUGUUAUCCCACAUUAGAAUCAGAUACUCAAAAACAGAUACAAUCAUUAGUUCUUAAUUUUGAACAAAGAAAUGCAAUAAAUGACAAAGCUCUGAAAAAAAUCAUCACUGGAGGAUAUGGUUCAGGAAAAUCUAUAGUAGGAAAAGAGAUUGUUAAAAAUUGUAUUACAAAUAAGUCACAAAACCUUUUGACCCUGUUUUAUAUAUGUUGUAACCAUUUCUCCUUGUACGAAUGCCAUAUGAAAGAGUUUGUUGACAGUAUAGAGAAAUCUUCAAAUGUUACUGUUGUCUGUGAUAAUUUGUAUGAGUUGUGGAAAAAAAUGUGCAAAAAUAAAAGCAUUUUAAGCAAUUACAUUUCAAUACCAAAAUUACUAGAGUAUUUGGCUAGCACCAACGAUAAUAAAGUAUGUUUUGUACUUGAAGAACUUUCUGAAGAGUAUGUUAAAGAAAAAGAUGCAGCUCAACUUAAACAUUUGUUUGAAUCUAUAUUAAAAGAUUCUUUAGUUGUUUUUAUUCCUGAGAGUAUUACAAAGAAUCGAGAAUUGGUAACAAAUAAACAAACCCGUACACUACAAAGAAAUUACUUUCAAGAAGAAAUAAUAGGAAUGAAGGUCAUAUCUCUAAAUAAAUCAAUGAGAGUUACCAAAUGCAAUAAAUUAUUAAUUGAUAUUGCUCAAAAGGUUAUUUGUGAAACAAAAAGUGUUUUAAACAUUCCAAAUAAAAACAUUCAAGUAUUGGAUGAAAAUAAAAAAAACGACUUGUUAAUAGUUAAAGAUUCGCAGAUUGAGGAAAAGAAGGAUUUUCAAAGUUUAAUGCUGACAUUUGAUUCCAGAAAUGAUUUUAAAAAUUAUCUAAAAACACCUAAUUUUAUGGAAAACUGUGUAAAAGAUGAGGAAAAAUUUAAUGACACAUCACAUUAUGACUUAAAUGACACAAUUAAGUUAAAUAACGAUAAUAAUUAUGCAUCCGUUAUAAUUAAAAAAGAUAACAAUUUUGCAUCAAAAAUUACUAACGAUGAAACUGUUAAUAAAUUUAAAGAUUCUACAUAUUCAAAAAUCACUAACAAAACUAUUGAAAUUACUAACAAAACUGUUACUAGCAAAACUGUUGAUAACUUUACAGACUAUAAAUCAGAUCAGUCUUCAGAGAGAAUAGAAAACAAAUUUAUUGAUACAACUUUUAAUGAUUUUCAUGACAAUGAUUUAGAUUACAUGGCAAAGUUAAUAACAAAAAGUAUUAGUAAUGUUGAUCCUAAUUGUCAUAUGGAGACUGAAUAUGUUUUCAAAUCUGGAAAUUUAGGUCACUCAAUUAAAGGAGAAAAACCCAAGGUUGUGUAUUUACCUUUUCACGAUAUAACAGACAAGCAAUCUAUUAAAUUAUUAUCCAUUGUGUUAGAAAAAAUUUGUUUUAAUGUAUUAAGAAAAACUGUGGUUAUAUGCAACAAUAUUGAAGAAAUACAAUCUGUUGCAUAUGCAAUAGAUACAAUUAAAAAUUUUAAAGCUGUAACUUAUUCACCACAUUUGCAGAAAUACUCCCCAACAUUAGAAAAAAAAUUUAAAAUUCAUAAUAAUUUAAAAAGUGAACUGGACAUUCUUGUAACUGACUGCAAAGGGUUUUCAGGAGCGGAAUCUGAAUCUGUAAUUGUGUUUGUGAGUCCAGAAGAGAUUUAUCUUCGUCAUGUUCUUGUGGAUGCUAUUUCUAGAUCAAACUCAUAUUUAACUGUGUUUGUUAAGAGUUACAGUUGUAUCAAAGAGCUUUUAAAUAGCAACAAAACUAUCGGAAAUGUAUUAGAGUUUUGGUCAGAAGAGGUAGUUGAAAAAAUUACUGUUGUAAUAUCCAAUAAAGAAAAUCAAAAAUCAAAAAAUGGUUUCUUCAUAGUAGAUGAAAAUUGCAAAGAAUUUAUUGAUCGUGGAUCUACUAAUGACUUUGAAAAGUACAAGAAAAGUUUACAACUUCAAAUUUUUCAUGAAAAUAACUUCAUAUACGAAACUAUGGCUUCUAAUCUGUCUUAUCAAAAUGAUUUGUCAAGGUUGUCUGCUGAACUUAAAAAUUUUUAUCUUAAGAGUUAUGGAAAAAUUGGUGAACUACAACCACUAUUAGAAUCAGCAAAUUUAAAUACUCAAAAGAGUUAUACACCAAUUACAUAUAGUGAAAUAUUUACAAAUAAAAAAUCAGUAAUAUUAAUAUCUGGAAUAGCUGGUAUUGGGAAAACAUGGUUGCUUAGAAAAUGUUUGGUUGAUUGGUCAAAUGGUUUAAUUUGGAAAAAUGUUGAAUUUGUUUUUUAUUUGGAAUGCAGGAGACUCAAUCAAUAUCCAAAUAUUUCGAAUAUUAAUGAAUUACUAAAUGUUUUCUACAAAGAUAUUGUAAACAACUUUAAUAUAAGUAGUCAUACUGCACUGUUUAUAAUCGAUGGAUUAGAUGAGUUUAAAUAUUUAAAUGAGUUAUUAAAUCCAAGUUUGACUUUUUAUCCAAUUGUUAAUGCUUUAGAAGAAAUUACAAAGUACAAACAUGUAGUUGCUGGUAGAGUUUAUGCAAUAGAUCAAUACCAAAGUAUAUCUACAGAACAUAGCCUUAAGUUAAUCAUUCAAGUAAUGGGGUUUAAUGAAAAUAAAAUAAAUAGUUAUAUAGAAAGUUAUGUUGUGGAAGAAAAAAAAGAAGUUGUAAAAACAACUUUAAAGGAGUCUCUAGUUGUAAAAGCCAUGGCAUCUGUUCCGUUUUAUUUAUCUUUAAUGUGUAAAAUUAUAAGUGAUUUAAAAAAUAUUGAUUCAAAUUCUUUCUUAACAUUGACAGAGUUGUAUGCAAAUAUUUUUUUAUAUUUUUUGCAAGAACACAUCAUUAAAAGCAAUAAAAUGAUUUAUGAGUUAAUGGAACAUAGUUCCAAUAAAAAUUAUAUUUUAAAUAUUUGUAAAAUUGCAUAUAAAUUGUUUGUUGAAAAUAAAAUAGUUUUUUCUGAAGAUGAAGUUCAAGGUUUUUAUAGUGACUUUGAUAAAAAUGAAAGCAAUUUUUUUGGGUUUAUAGAAAGGAUUGAAACAGAUCUUGAUUGUUAUUAUCAGUUCGUACAUUCAACAAUAAUGGAGUUUUGUGCAUCAGUAUAUGUAUAUAAUUGUUUAAGUUGUGAUGAGAUUUUGGCCAACAAGAAACUGAAGAGUUGUUUAUCAAUGAUUUGUGGAUUAGCCAAUAAAAACCAAAACAUUUUAUUAAAGUUUUUUGUUUACCUAAAUCCUUCAAAAAAAUCCAGUGAAGGAGCUUCACUUUUGUGUUCCAUUUUGGAUCGUCUAAUUAAAAGUGAUGACUAUAAAGAAUUUUACUCUUUAUCUAGUAUAAGUAGAAAUGAUGAUAGAGAAGAUUACCGUGAUGUAUUCAUUGAAUGUUUUUAUGAAAGUCAAUCAACAUUUGAUGAUGAAAUUAAUUCAAUUGUUGAUAAAAAAUCGAGGUGGGAGUGGUCGAAUAUUUCGAUUAACGAAGGAAAAACUUCUUACUUAACUUCUUGCGAAAGUUAUUUCAUAAAUCAUUACGUAAAAUCUAAAAGAAAGUUAUCGAUGUUAAAUGUUAGUAAAAAUAUUUUAAGUGAUGAAGAAAUAAAACUUUUAAUACGAUGUUCAACUAAUGUUCGCGAUGUCUACUUUUAUCAUCCAAUUAACUUCGAAGGAUGGAAACCGAAAAAUAAGAUUGAAGUGUUGAAUAUAUGGAUCUCAUAUUAUUUAAUAACAAAAAAAGAUUUUGAAGAAAAUUUUCUUCCGUGGUUUAAUCAUUGUGAAAAAUUAACUCUUAAACUUCACGACGAAAUUGAUUUUAUUAAAGAAAUUUGUGAAUGGAUUUGUUGUUCGAAUGUCAAGAGGUUUAAGAUCGAGUACCGAGGAAAAGAUUUUCGUAACCUCGAUAAAUUAAAAAACUUUACAACACGAUAAAAUAUUUAAUACCUAAAAUAUAUUUACUAAAAACAAUAAUUAUAAAUAACUAAUGAAAUAUUUAUUGUAUUAUUUUAUAAUA